AUGGCUUGGGUCUCGCUGCCUUCUUUGGCCAUCCUGGCCGGCAUCCAUAUUCAAUGGCUUCUGAACCCCGAGUCGGUCGUUGUACAAGCUCAGGAAGUACCUGCACAAGCCCAGAUUAUCGACCAAAGAAGCUUCAAUGUCCUGCCAUACGUCCCACCCGCUACCGUCGUAAAUGGAACUCAAACCUUCAUGCCGCCAGGCAUCGCACCGGAGGAGCUCUUGGCCAAACCUUUCCACAUCUACGACGACGAUUUCUACGACAUUAUCGGUUCGGAACCCACCUUGACAUUGAUCGCGGAAACGGAAACCGAUCCAUUGUUCCAUGAGGCAGUGGUCUGGUACGAACCGACAGAUGAGGUCUUCUUUGUCCAGAAUGCCGGUGCCAAAGCCGCAGGCACAGGCCUCAACAAAUCUGCUAUCAUCCAGAAGAUCGCGCUGUCGCAAGCAGAUGCGGUCAAGAACCAGGCCAAUGCAUCUGGGCUGGUCACUGUGGAUGUUGUCCCAUCCAAUCCGCAGGUGAUCAACCCCAACGGGGCCACCAACUACAAGGGCCAGAUUCUCUACAUGGCUGAGGGUGCUGGCGCGGAUAACACUUCAAACGCCGUUGUCAUGAGCCCAGUCGAGCCUUACAACACGACAGUCGUGCUCAACAACUACUUUGGCCGGCAAUUCAGCUCCCUUAACGACGUUGCCGUCCACCCGGUCAACCAGGAGGUGUAUUUCACAGAUACCCUCUACGGAUAUCUGCAGGACUUCCGCCCGGCCCCUGGAAUUCGGAACCAAGUUUACCGUUGGAAUGACCAGACCGGCGCGGUCACGGUCGUCGCGGACGGCUUCGUCCUGCCUAACGGUGUAACGUUUUCUCCAGACGGCGCUUACGCCUAUGUCGCGGACACAGGAAUUAACAAGGGCUUCUACGGGAACAACUUUUCCGACCCAGCCUCCAUUUACCGCUUCGACGUCCUCGAGGACGGCACCUGGGACAAUCGCAGGACUUUUGCCUUUGUCGACUCCGGUGCCCCAGACGGCGUGCACACCGACACCAACGGGAACGUCUACGCCGGCUGCGGCGACGGCAUCCAGGUCUGGAACCCCUCUGGCAAGCUCGUCGGCAAGAUCUACCUGGGCACGACUAGCGCGAAUUUCAAGUUCGCGGGCGACGGGAGGAUGGUCAUCUGCGCGGAGACUAAGCUGUACUAUGCCACGUUCAAUUCGAGCGGGUGGAUUGCAGAGGGACAGUAA